AUGGCUACUCCUAGUGUCCUCGCCUUUGACGCUGAGGGUAGGGCCAUUGACUUUGAGGUCUGGCUAGAUGACCUGCAGCUGUUCUUACAGUGCGAUAGGGCAGACAGUCUCUCUCUCUUUGACCUCACCUCUGGCACUGCCCCUGCCCCUGCUGCUGAUGCUGACGCCACUGUUCGCUACCAGUGGGCCACGCGCGAUGCUGCUGCACGUCUUGCUGUGCGUCGCCACCUCCCUACCUCUGAGCGUGCGCACUUUAGUCAGUACAAGAGUGCUCAGACCUUGUACGACGCUGUAGUUGCGCGCUACUCCUCCCCUGCCACUGCUGCACUGAGCCGUCUCAUGCUACUGUACCUCUUCCCUGGCCUUGCUUCUUUUCCCACAGUCGCUGACCUCAUUUCGCACCUCCGCACUAGUGACACUCGCUAUCGCGCUGCACUCCCUGCUGACUUCUGCGCCAAGAACCCCCCCCCCAUGUACAUCACCCUCUACUACAUAGUCACUCGCCUCCCUGACUCCCUUCGCGUAGUCAGGGACCACUUCCUCUCAGUCUGUCCCACCUCUCUCACUGUCGACCUCCUCGAGAAGUCCCUACUAGCGGCCGAGAAGGGCAUUGUCGCUGUAGGGGCCUCUCGUGGUGACCCGCGCACCCCCAUCUUUGAGGGUCGGUCGGUGCGGCGUCUGCCCCUAGUGGGAGACGCCGCCCUGGCAAGGGCAAGGGGGGCAAGGGCACCGGAGGAGCGAGCGGGGGCGGUGGAGGUGGAGGUGGCGGCAGUGGGGGGAGUGGGGGUGGCGGUGGGGGUGGAGGUGGGGGUGGAGGGGUCGGUGGCGGCGGUGGAGGCGGAGGUGGCGGCGGUGGCGGCGGUGGAGGCGGCGGUGGAGGAGGUGGCGGCGGGGGAGGCGAUGGCGGAGGCGGCAGCAGUAGCGGAGGCGGCGGAGGCGGCGGAGGCGGCGGGGGUGGCGGUGGAUCUGGUCGCGGGUCUUCGCAGAGGAGUGGCUCCGAUGGUGCCACGCGCCAGCAGCAGCAGCGCGGUCGUGAGGGCCUGUCCCCCCAGCAGCUCCUGCGGGGGUGCCCACACCGCCCAGCGCUGCUUUGGCCGCCUGACGGACGCUUGGCGUCAGCAGUUCCCGGAGGCCAGUGAGAUUCCCCGCUGGGGAGAGUUGUCUAGGGCAGGCGUAGCUAUCUUUGAUCUUGACUUUGAUGCUAUCCUUGCUGCCAUGUAUGCUGUGACUUUUAGUGAUGAGGGUGACUGUUACCGGUGUUUCCCGCCCGACUCAGGCAUUGGUACUGCUGCUCUAGGUGCCGGUGAGGCUGCUGCUCUAGGUGCAAGUGCGUCUGCGCCCUCAGGUACUGGUGAGUCUGCGCUCUCAGGUACUACGUCGGCUUUGGCCUCCCUCACCUUCACCCUUGACUCUGGGGCUUCUCGCUCCUUCUUUCGGGACCGCACCACACUCACGCCGCUUAGUCGGCCAGUUGCGGUGUCUCUGGCUGACCCCUCUGGGGGUCCUGUCCUGUCUCGCUUCUCUACAGUCCUCCCGUGUCCGGCGGCUCUCUCUGGCACCCUGUCUGGUCUCUACCUCCCCUCGUUCUCUACGAACCUGGUGAGUGGUGCUGACCUACAGGAUGCGGGUGUCCACCAGUUCACUCCUGCGCGCCAGCGGAUGACGCACUGCACCGAGGCUAGCACAGGCCGACACCUGGCUACGUUUACCCGUCAGCCAAGGUCGAGCCUGUACACACUGACCACUGCGUCUCCUCCCGUUGCUUGUUCUGGUAGGGUAGCUGCGUCGGGUCAGGUGUUUGCUGCAGCAUCCAGGUCUGGUCCUGAGUCUGCCCCCUGUUCGUGUCGUCGUCUGUCUCACGAGACCCUCCUCUGGCACCACCGCCUUGGCCACCCCUCUCUGCUUCGGCUCAGAGGCAUGGCCUCGCGGGUCCUUGUGUCUGGUCUUCCCCGGUCCCUCCCUCCCCUUCCUCCGGGCCCUGGCCCUGCCUGUGUCCCCUGUGUCGAGGGGCGCCAGCGUGCUGCCCCUCACUCCUCCCAGUUUCCUCCGACAGAGGCCCCGUUGCAGACGCUUCACAUGGACGUGUGGGGCCCAGCCCGCGUCCGUGGACUCGGUCACGAGCGCUACUUCCUGCUGGUGGUUGACGACUACUCGCGUUACACCACAGUCUUCCCCUUGCGCAGCAAGGGUGAUGUCACUGAGGUGCUGAUCGACUGGAUCCGCGCAGCUCGUCUCCAGCUCAGGCAGAGCUUUGGCUCGGACUUUCCUGUUCUGCGUCUGCACUCGGACAGAGGCGGAGAGUUCUCCUCUGGCCUUCUGCGAGCCUACUGUCGUGCACGAGGCAUCCGUCAGACCUUCACGCUUCCGGACUCACCGCAGCAAAAUGGGAUUGCUGAGCGCCGCAUUGGCAUGGUCAUGGACGUCGCUCGUACGUCCAUGAUGCAUGCGGCUGCCCCCCAUUUUCUGUGGCCGUUUGCGGUCAGGUACGCGGCGCAUCAGAUCAACCUUCACCCCAGGGUCUCCAGGCCGGAGACCUCCCCAACUUUGCUGUGGAUGGGGAAGGUUGGCGAUGCGUUGGCGUUCCGGGUCUGGGGAUCUCGGGCGUUUGUCCGCGACUUGUCUGCGGACAAGCUGUCCCCUCGUGCUGCUCCUUGCGUGUUCCUGGGGUUCCCCCCUGACGCGCCUGGGUGGCAGUUCUACCACCCCACCUCUCGCCGUGUUCUGUCCUCCCAGGACGUCACGUUUGACGAGUCGGUCCCCUACUACCGCCUCUUCCCCUACCGCACCCCGUCCCUCCCUCCACCCCCACUCUUCCUUGUCCCAGGUCCCCCCCCGGUAGACCCCCUCCCCCCUCAGGGUCCUGCCCCUUCAGGUGUGUCCCAGGUAGACGCAGUUGAGCCUGUCGAGGUUACUGGUGACUCUGGUGCUGCUGAAGGUGCUGAGCCUGGGGGUGCUGCGACUGGGGGUGCUGGGCCUGGGGUUGCUGAGCCUGGGGGUGCUGCGACUAGGGGUACUGAGCCUGGGGGUGCUGCGACUGGGGGUGUGGGUUCAACACACGGUGGGUUCAACACACGGUGGGUUGAACACACGGUGGGUUGA